GUAGACUGAAAAAUCGGGAAAUCUUCAGAUUAGGUUAAAGUAGAGCGAAUUCGAAAAAGGAAAAAUCACAAAAAGGAGACCAAGUGCUCAAAAUUACAAUAUUCAAGCCUAAAAAGUCGCAAACAGGGAAAAUUCAGGGUCCAGUAUGUCAACAGAUGACGUUUAUGCAGAUCAGGCUAAGAGGCUCGUGGAUGAGGUGAUUGACACCGCGAUCAAGCGACUGGAGACAAACCUGUCUCUGACAGAAAGAGAGAAAACUUUUGAAUCUCUGAAGGCAGAAGAGUUCUCCAGGCAAUCUACAUUUGUCAGAGAUGAUAACUUCGAAGUCAAAAAUAUCAAAUGGCUGACUAUAUCAGAAUUUUCUCCAGAGAAGGCUGAACAGAAGAUUCAUGAAUUUAUCAAAACUUGGGAAUAUGAGGACAGCUGGCUGUAUUGUAUAGACUUCCUCGGAGAGGACCCUCAUCAGUUUGACACCAGAUACAGAUUCCGUGUGCGAUGGAGCAUCCCUACUCGUAGAAAGCCCAUUCCUCGCGCCACAGCCUGUGUUUAUUUUUCCUUUGUUGUUUCUUCAAUUAAACCUGGGACAUUCCCUGUUGAUGUUUUCUAUGUGUUUGAGACCCACAGAUUGGUCCACAAACCAGGGGAGUCUAGAUUCCGUGAAAAGUGGUUAAAAGACAUUAUAGAGAACAAGGUGAUGAUGAUGCAGGUCAUUGAGUUUUAACUUGGAACAAAUUAGUGAAAUAAUCAAUGUUACCAUUUAGAAGGUGUGAUAUCAUUUACUCUUGCUAAAUCAGUUAUAAUCUGUGUCAAUCUGUGACCUGAAGCAAGAAUAGUGUAUAUGAAAUUGUUUUUUUUUUCAAAGAUUAUAUUUUUUGGUAAAUCUAUGUACUUUAGCUGGAAUAGUGUAUAUAGAAUUGUUUUUAUAAGAGUAUAAAGUUUAAUGUAUUUAUUUGUAAAUCUCCUGAAAUCAUGAUGUGCAUUAUGACAGUUUAUGAAAAUAUUAGUGAGAGAUAUGCAUAUCUGUUUGAUUUACUUUUUUAGUAAGUAUUUAGCUAAUUUGACUAAAUGUUUCUGUUUAAUCAUGUCAAAUUUUGUCAUUGAAUAAAUGACGUAAAUUCCUUGCUUAAAUCAUCGAGACAAGAAUACUGAUUGGUCCAUAACAAAUUCCAUGUAUUUAUGGUAUGUUUUUCUAUGUGUUAACUUUUACGUGUGAAAGGUGAAUGCAUCUUCAUAGAUGUUAAUUAUGUCACUCCAAAUAAAAGCUGGAAUUGUGAAA